GGGUCUCAGCAGGUUCGCACUAUCAUACUUCAUCAUGGCGGACGCCGACUCACUUCACGACAUGUCCGAUGUCGAUGCUGAUCCAAGUGCAAUUGAAGCGGAUGCAGAAGACGAAGAAGCAAAUGAUGAAAGUGUUGAUCCAUCCUUGAGAAAGAAAAGUAAGAAAAAGAAGAGGAAGACGAAAGAUGUGGAAAGAUCAAGUGGGGACUCUGACAACCAAGGACCAGAGACUGUGGAAACGAACUUGUUAGAAGUUCAUGAUAAUGUUUCUUUGUCUCACUCGGGAGUUGAAGCUGAUUCAGAGAGUCAGGAGUCACAUGAUUCAAAGACUGACAGCCAUUCACCGGAGAAUGCAGCGGAUGGGACUGACUCUAAGGGUGGACCAGAUGUUCAGAUCAAGCACCUCUCUCAGAUUCAGAAUGCUUUGGAGAUGUUAGCUAUGCCGCAAGCAGCCCCGAAAAGCAUGGAUGAAGCAAAAAAAAAGAAAUUUCAGUUUUGGGAAACACAACCAGUACCAAAGUUUGGGACAGAUGACGAUAUCAAAGUGAAUGAAGAGAUCGAAGCAGACAAAACUCCUGAGGAGAUUCGCCAGGAGCCACUCUCUCUCCCAGGGGGGUUUACAUGGGACACUCUGGACAUAAGCGAGCCUCUUAUUCUGAAAGAACUGUAUACAUUGCUCAACGAAAACUAUGUUGAAGAUGAUGAUAAUAUGUUUCGUUUUGACUACUCUCCUGAAUUUCUACAAUGGGCCCUUCAACCACCAGGCUGGUUAAGAGAGUGGCAUUGUGGAGUGCGGGUUGUGAAGAGCAAGAAGUUGGUGGGCUUCAUCAGUGCAGUUCCCGCACAUAUCAAAAUAUAUGACAGAUCAAAGAAAAUGGUUGAGAUCAACUUCCUUUGUGUUCACAAAAAACUGCGUGCUAAACGUGUAGCCCCUGUACUGAUCAAGGAGAUAACACGGCGUGUCCACCAGCAAGGUCUUUUCCAAGCAGUGUACACAGCUGGUGUGGUGCUACCGAAACCAGUGGCCUCAUGCAGAUACUGGCACAGAUCUUUGAAUCCUAGAAAGCUGAUCGAGGUGAAGUUCUCUCACCUGAGUCGGAACAUGACAAUGCAGAGAACUUUGAAGCUGUACAAGCUUCCAGAUAGUCCCAAAACUCCAGGAUUUAGAGAGUUAACACCUGCUGAUGUGCCGGAAGCAUUCAAGCUGCUCUCACAGUUCAUGCUGCGCUACAAACUCAUCCCGUUGUUCUCGGAGGAAGAAUUUCGUCACUGGUUCAUCCCUCGGCCCGGCAUAAUCAAUAGCUUUGUUGUUGAGAGCAAUGGCAAGUUGACCGACUUUGUGAGCUUCUACUCUCUUCCAUCAACCAUUAUGCACCACCCAAAUCACAAGUCUUUACGAGCUGCCUACUCUUUCUACAACGCUAGCACAAAGACGCCUUGGGUAGAUCUUAUGCAAGAUACUCUCAUUGUGGCGAAAAAUAUGGGAUUUGAUGUCUUUAAUGCCUUGGAUCUUAUGGACAACAAAGAUUUCCUAGAGAAACUAAAGUUUGGUGUGGGCGAUGGCUUUCUGCAGUAUUAUCUCUACAACUGGAGGUGCCCCCAUAUGGAAACAAACCAGGUUGGACUGGUUUUACAAUGAUAGUGAUACAGUUAGCAGUGUCGACAGGAUGCUACAACAUUUGGAUGUGAAUAUUUUCACAUACAUGUGAUAUGUGCUUAGUUAUGAAAAUGAUUUUUUUCUCUUUCAUUUUCCUUCUAAGGAUUAUGGUUUUUAAUACUUUUUUUUAGUCAAAAGAAGAAAGAAUUAACAUAGUUUCGGGAUGGUAUGGUGUGCUCUUAUUCAUUGAUUUUUUUUUUAGUGAGCAAAAAAUGAGAAACGACAUACCUCCUGGCACUUGCUUUAACAAAAGUUAACCAUCCACUGUUCUAUUCUGGUGCAAGUAGAAACAAGUCAACAAGAUAAAGUUCUUAUUGGCUGUCUUUAGGGUGGGGUGGGGGGUUGUUUUUUUCCAAAUCGAAAAUAAAAUUUGGGGGGGGGGGGGGGAAGGAAGGCAGAUACUGAGGUGGGGUCAGAAUUUGGUAAACAAGUGCUUGUCUUGUCGACCUGAUAUUACUGUUGAUUUGAAAUGGACUUUUUAUGUUUAAUUGCAAGGACUUUUAUUUUUGCUUGAGCCAUGUAAAACAUUAGCACGCCUCUCCUUGCUAUCGUGGUCUUCAUAAAUGACAGCUGAACGGAUGCUGGUGCUAAAUGGUAGACAUUUGCAAGGGUUCUCUUUUUAAAAAAAAUUGAAAUUGGUGACCCAGUUGUGUAGAUGGUCCAAGAAAAUAAUUGUGUAAUACCUGUAUUAAGAAGCCUGUAUUCUCUGUGUUUUACUUAAUCUUUUUAAUUUAAUUUUUUUUUAUUUUGUCGUCUCAUUUUGUGUUACUAAACCAUUUGUGGGUUUUCUACUGUUCAAGUAUGAACUUGACCUGGUUUCUAUUAAAGUGUACUUUCUGCCGUCCAGUACCACUCAAGCUUCAACUUCAGUAUAUAUGUGUCACAGCGUGGUGGAAUCAGGCGCUCGUCAAUUUUUAGACAUGUUGAGUUAUGGGUAUCAUCUUAAGAAUUGUUCUGGUGUCUUGCUUUUGGCGAAAAAAAUGAUCUAUCUUGAAUAGAAAUCAAGAUAUAUGAGAUUGAAGAAGGUGGGGUCGCCUGGUUUCAAAGGUAGAAUUAGUGAGAAAAUGGCUGCCAAAGUUUGGAUGUGUCCGUAGCUUGAACAGUCUGUGGAAACUGAAAACGUACUUUUUAGUGUCAUUAGUCAGUAAAAUCUGCCCAGAAAUGUGUUCUUAAUUGGAACAAUGGGUUAAGCCAAAAAACAAAAAUUUGAUUAAAAUUGCCAACAGGCAGAAAACUGUCAGUUUCUUCAAUUUCAUAAUUUUGAAGAGCGCCUGAUUUCGCCAUAAUGCCUCACAUAUUGAUUCUUUAAAAAAUGAACUUUAUUGUUCUAUCACUAUCUCCAUUAGUAUUAUACCGGUACUAUAAAAAAAUAAAAAGUAAACAAAGUUGGGGUUUUUUAUGUGUAUAUUUUCAGAAUUACUUGGUAAGAAUUGUUUGAGAAACAUUUACAAUAGGAUCAAACAAAAGUGCCAACUGUUUCCAUUCUUUCCUUUGUGUGCCCUUAAAUUUUGAUUUUUACCUAUAGAUGGAUAGGAGUAGAAAAAUGUGAAAAUGGCUAUGUAUGAGUAAUUUUGCUCUCAAAGAAGUGAUUGUGUUGUUUGCUGUGGAACUCUGAUCUUGAAUAUCUCAGAGUGAAUGGAAUUGGGGCUUAUGAUGCUUUCUUUCAUGCAUAGAAAGAAAUGAACACAUGUUGGUACUGCAUUAUGUAGAGGUGCAACUGUAAGCUUUUUUAAACACUUUGUUCUGAUUGUAUCCGUAACAUUUUCUAUUGCAUGUGAUUUUAAGAGGCUGUAUGUUUUGCGAAGUGAUUGACCACUUGAUGUGUGGAGUGGGUAGUUUGUUUGCAGGAAGAGCUGUUUUCCUGCUGUCUGUGAAGAGUGCAAAACCAGCACAUAAAAUGAAGUUGCCGUCUCUAAUAAAGAGUGGAAGUCUAAGAGUUUGUAAAACAGUGUCAAUCCCUCUUUUGAACAAGUGUGAUUGGAUUUAGUUAACAGUAACAGCUUAUCUGCUUGUGUGUUUGGCAUGGUACUUGGCAGAUGCAGUUUGGUGCGGUGGAAUGGCAGUUUUAGUGAGUCUCAUGCUGAUCAGUCUUUCUCUUAUAUAUAUGGGAAAGCCGCUGAUAAAUCCAAUGUUUGUAUAUAUGCUGAGUUUGUACUGUGCAUAAAGCUUUGUCAAAAUAAAAGUGUAGGUGGAAAUUGGAAACGAUUUAUCUGCUGGCAAGUUUAUUUUGUCUGGGAAUUAGAUUUUAGUGCCUAGACAUGUAUUGGAAGAAAAAUCUGCUUUUACAUGAUACCACUGCAUAAAUCUGAAGUGAAACUUUUAUUUUCCUUUUUUUUAGUGUCUUAAGUUAGUGUUUGUCAUCCACAUUGAUACAGAUUUAUCAGUGAUCGAGACUUUAUUCGAAAGAUUUUGUUAAAUACCGGUACAUUGAUAUUGAUUUUGUGAAGAGUUCACACAGUUAGGGUACAGUGCACUAUACCAUUGAUUGUGUGCUUCCUUCAUCAACACAGGAGCCAUCAGCCAAGAUUUUUAGUGCUGGGAGCUUUUCUCUCAGUGUCUGUCGAAAGAUUUACUCAGGUUAAGUGCAUAGGCUUAGUUUGUGAAUCUCUGGCUAUAGGUAUGAGCUUGCCAUAUUAUGUUGUCUUACAGAUUUACUAUUGUUCAGUAAUCAAACUCUUGCUAAUGUCUCUUGAAUACCUCCUUUUAUUUUUUCCUUUUAAUCUUUAAAACGAACGCCAUGUUUCACAUGGUCAAAGUCAAAGUCUUGUGAGUCAUCUCAGAUCUAUGGGUGUCUGUGGUUUGAUUUUGAUGAAGAGGAAGAAUGUUUUGAAGUUUUGAAUUUCCAUUGGGCUUUGACAGCCUUGUGUAAUUCAUUUCAUUAUUAUUUUUUCGAUGAAUAAAAAUCUAAGUUAUUCAAA